GCUUUUGUUAAAGGACAGCUUUGCUGUCCACACUAGGACAGCUUUGCUGGUCAAAGGACAGCUAUCAAAGGACAGCUUUGCUGUCACACUUCCUUCCUUAUUUUAGCCCACACUUGCUGUCCACACUUCCUUCCUUAAUUUAGCCCACCCUUCUUUCCUUAUUUUAGCCCACAAUUGUUUCCUUAUUUCUUCAUUUAUUAUUUUGUACAGUUAGCAUAUAUUAUUUGACAGAUUAUAGUUUACAUGUAUAGGGCUAGAAUCAUGCUGGAAUUUAUUUGCUUUUAUUUGCUUUCCAUGUAAAGCAUCCUUGUAAAGUCUAUAUAUAAUAUACAAAACUCAAGGCCAAGGUAUUCGGUCAUUCACACAAUAUUUUGACAUGGUAUCAGAGCAAGGUUGCUAAUUUUUCUUCCCUCAAAUUCUUUUCUGUCUUUUCGGUUUCGGAAGUGCCUCUCGUGUCUUUCGGUCAAGUCUGUGUUGAUCACUUCGUGGGUCAGUUUUCUUCUGGGAUUUUUUUGGUCAAUCCUUUUGUCUCGGGUUCUAUUUAUUUUCUAUGGAUUCCGCACCUCUGUGUGUUAAGUUUACAGGCACAAAUUAUUCUACCUGGGCAUUUCAGUUUGAACUUUUUCUCAAGGGAAAAGACCUUUGGGGUCAUAUUGAUGGCACGGAUGUUGAAAAACCAUCCACUUUUGAAAAAUCUCAGGAUGUUGGGUUUUCUCCUUCAUGGGUUGUGCUUGAUGCACGCAUCAUGUCUUGGCUUCUUGGUUCAGUGGAGCCUCAUAUUGUCACCCACUUGCGGCCCCAUCGCUCCGCUCAAUCUAUGUGAGCUUAUUUGAAGAAAGUUUAUCAUCAGGAUAACGAUGCUCGUCGCUUUCAAUUAGAACAUGCGAUUGCCAUGUUUCAACAUGGUAGUCUUUCCAUCCAGGACUACUACUCGGCAUUUCUGACUCUUUGGCAUGAAUAUGCUGAUUUGGUUACAGCGGAUGUUCCUAUUGCCGCUCUCUCAACUAUUCAGGCUAUUCACGCGACUACCCGGCGUGAUCAGUUUCUUAUGAAACUACGUCCGGAAUAUGAAUCUGUUCGCUCCUCUUUACUGAAUAGAUCUCCUGUUCCCUCUCUUGAUAUUUGUUUUGGUGAGUUACUUCGCGAAGAGCAACGCCUUAGUACUCAAGCUAUUUUGGAGCAAUCUCAUGGCAGUUCCGGGACGACAACUGUAGCUUAUGCUGCCCAAGGACGCAGACCACCUAUGCAUUCUAAAAACUUGCAGUGUUUUUGCUGCAAGGAAUAUGGGCAUAUUGCUGCCACUUGCCCUAAGAAGUUUUGUUCUUAUUGCAAGAAGAAAGGUCACAUUAUCAAAGAAUGUCGUAUUCGCCCCCAGAAUCGUCAGGCCCAAGCAUUUCAGACUUCGGUUAUUGUCCCUCCUGUAGCAACACACGACUCUCCUUCAGCUGCGUGCUCUGUUCCUGCACCUCCUGCACCAGAUUACUGCACCCCAGAAAUGGUGCAACGGAUAUUAAUUUCAGCAUUAUCAGCAAUGGGGUUUCAAGGACCAGGUAACGGGGAAGCCGAUCGCGAAAGGACCUAAAGUGGGGCGCUUGUUUCCACUAUUUUUACCUAUUCCAGAUUUUUCUCCACGUUCUUCUAUUAAGUCUUUUGCUUGUAAUAAUGUUUCAGAUCUUAGUAUGGUGUGGCAUCGUCGUUUAGGCCAUCCCAAUACUCAGAUCUUAUCUCAUGUAUUGAACUCUGAUUUACCUGGUAAUAAGGAUCGUUAUUCUUUA